AUGCCGAGCACCUCCAAGACAUCGAGAGCUGCAGCCUCUUUGCUCGAUAUCACAGAGGCAGGUUUUGUGCUGUUCGAACAGAUGGCGCUGCGCAAGGUGCGCAGCAACCUUGACAGGCUGUUCGAUAAGAGCCUCACCGACCUUAUUCGUGGCAUCCGAAACAACAAAGAGAAUGAGGCACGAUACAUCGCUUCAUGUAUUGAGGAAAUCAAAAUGGAACUCCGUCAGGACUCAACCUAUAUCAAAGCAAAUGCCAUUGAAAAGUUGGCAUACCUCCAAAUGCUAGGUUACGACAUUUCAUGGGCUGCUUUCAACAUUAUCGAAGUAAUGGCCUCAACGAAAUACACUGAGAAACGCAUAGGUUACUUAGCGGCAGCGCAAUGUUUUAAUGAUACUACCGAGGUGUUGAUGUUGACCACAAAUUUGAUACGGAAGGAUCUGAAUAGUGCAAACAUGUACGAUUCUGGUGUUGCACUUGGUGGUCUGUCGUGUUUUGUUACUCCAGACCUUGCCAGAGAUCUUGCAAGUGAUAUCGUGAACUUGCUCUCCUCGUCUCGACCAUAUACUCGAAAACGAGCAGUGCUGUUGUUGUACAAGAUUUUCCUCAAAUAUCCGGAAGCCUUGAGGCCAACUUUUCCGAGGUUGAAAGAUAAACUCGAAGAUCCAGAUCCAGGUGUUCAAAGUGCUGCUGUAAAUGUCAUCUGCGAACUCGCCAGGAAGAACCCGAAGAAUUACUUAACGUUGGCACCUGUCUUUUUCAAGUUGAUGACGACAUCAAGCAAUAACUGGAUGCUGAUAAAAAUCAUCAAACUAUUUGGAGCGCUGGUACCAUUGGAACCGCGUCUUGGGAAGAAGCUUCUAGAGCCGCUCACGAACCUCAUCAAUAGCACGUCAGCAAUGUCCCUUCUGUAUGAAUGUAUUAACACCGUAAUUGCCGUUUUAAUCAGCAUCUCUGCUGGAGGCGAUCAUGCUGCAAGUAUACAGUUAUGUGUGCAAAAGCUUGGAGUUUUGAUAGAGGAUUCGGAUCAGAACCUGAAAUAUCUCGGUUUGUUAGCCAUGGGCAAAAUUCUCCAAACACAUCCGAAGGCAGUGCAAGCUCAUAAGGAUAUCGUUUUGCGAUGUCUUGACGAUAAGGAUGAAAGUAUUAGGUUGAGAUCGCUCGACUUGCUUUACGGCAUGGUAUCAAAAAAGAACAUUAUGGAGAUUGUGAAGAAGCUAAUGGAGCAUGUGGAAUCUGCCGAAGGCUCUCAUUACAGAGACGAGCUCCUUUCGCGCAUCAUUGGAAUUUGUAGUUAUAAUAAUUAUCAAUUCAUCACUAAUUUUGAGUGGUACAUCUCAGUGUUGGUGGAAUUGACGAAAGUAGAAGGCACAAAGCAUGGUGCGAAAAUAGCGGAACAGAUCCAAGACGUUACGGUGCGGGUGGAAUCGAUUCGACAUUUUUCUGUGUCACAAAUGGCGCUAUUGGUUGAAAAUGCUCACAUUCUUUUGGCUGGGAGUGCCCAACAAAGAAACAACAUUUCUGAGGUCUUGUUGGCAGCCGCUUGGAUUUGUGGAGAAUAUAGCCAGCAUGUUCGAAACGUUCCAUCAGUUCUGGAGUCGAUGCUAAGAGCUCGAACGUCAGUGAUGUCUGGUCAUAUAUUAUCGGUUUAUGUGCAGAAUAUUGGAAAACUGUACAGUACUUUGUUGUCAAAAGCUGAAGAAGAAGAUGACUGGGAUGCUAUUGAAUCCUUAGAUAACUUAAUGCUAUCAAAACUGGCUGACUUUGAGUUAGCGGAACAUUUGGAGGCUCAAGAAAGGGCAUGCACUCUGAUGAGUAUAUUGCGUGUUGUGGAAGCGGCUCAUGGAAAGCGUGAAAAAAUUGCAGCAGACAUUGCAAAGUUAUACGAAGGGGAGUUAAACCCAGUGGCAGCGAAAGCACAACGAAAAGUUCCAGUGCCAGAGGGCCUUGAUCUCGACGAAUGGAUAAAUGAACCAUGGCAAGACACGCCGGAAUCGAGCGAGGAAAGUGAUGUCGAUGCUACUUUUGGUCAACCGGCUCCACGAAUUCGUAGUGAGUUCACCAGUUUUGGGAAUGUACCAACGUACGAGGACCAACCGAAAUUUGGUGAGAAACCCAAGAAAGGCAAACGGAAGGAAUCAUUAGAACUCAGCCCUGAGGAGAUCGAGAGAAGGCGUAAGGCCCGAGAGGCUGAAAGAGAAAGCAAUCCCUACUAUGUGAAAGGUUCUGCCACUGUUCCGAAACGUCCUACACGGUUCGUAACUUUAGAAUCUGCUCAUGCUAACGAUGUCGAUAAAGUGGAUAUCCAGAGCCCGCUGGAGAUUCCUGGAGUAGUGGGUUUGUCACGGUAUAUGGAACAACAAGAUUCUACUUUGACGUGGAAGAAAGCUAAGGAGGACACGAAGAAGAAAAAGAAGGGCAAAAAAGGAAAAAAGAAGAGGCGUGCCAGUACAACUAGUGAAGAGGAAGUUGCUGUAGUGCAUCAGGUCAAUCGCGCAGAUGGUGAAAUGCCAGAAGGAGCGAAGUCAACGGAUGACGAGGACAAUGCAGCGAAUGUAUCUGACGAAUUUCGAGCGUUGGAUAUCAAUUUGGAUGAACCUCUAAGACCUGAAGAGGUAGUACGAGGGCCACCAAUCUACACACGGCAACGUGCAUCACCUCCACGACCAGCGCUGGUGCCACGAUCUCCCACCACAAUGUCGUAUCAAGGUCGCUCUCCUUUCGAUCUCAACGACAUGCCUAAGAAGAAGAAAAAAGAGAAAUUGGGGAAUGAUGAUGGAGCGCUGAAGAAGAAAAAGAAGAAGAAAGCAGCAGUAACAGCAGCUGCUUCUGCUAAUACUAAUGUUAUUAAGAGUUCGGAAAUCGACAUAGAUGCGUGGUUGCGGGAUGAAACUCCUGCCGUCGUUGAAAAUUCUCGGUCUGAGAAGAAGACGAAGAAGAAGAAAAAGCUGGCAGUAGCGCGAGAGGCUUACGAGGAGACCUCUGGGGUGUGCACACCCUCCAAUCCUAAUCUUGACCGAGGUAUCUCACCAAAACUGAGUCACUGCACAGGACCCGGCAGUACAAAGCUAUGCUCUAACGCGGAUCUAUGUGUGGACUUCACGUCAUCGUCUAAUCCUAGUAGUGAUGAAGUGGUAAUUAAAUUAGGUCUAUUGAUCACGGGAGCACGACGUUUGAAGGAUAUCGAAGCCAACGUUGUGGAUACGUUGAAUGCUCGGAUGGUUAGGAGUGAGCCUGGUUUCUUGCUGCCGACGACGUUAUCGUCAGGAGAGCACGGAGAACUUCGUCUACACAUCGCUGUUACGUCAAAGACAGUUUCUCAGACUUUGAGAGGAACGAUCACGUAUCUCGUAGAGGAAGAGGAUGGGUCGGUUCCAGGGAAACUGGAUUUCAAAGUACCACUGAGAAGCACAGAUUCGCUGCUAUCAGUGAUGAUAACUAAGAACAACUUCUCUCAGUUGCUCGCCGGUGGUAGCGUGGAUUUUUCAGCUUCGGCUCAAUUUAUGUCUGAGCAUGGUUUCCGCGAACUACUCACUAGGAUUACUUUUGUAGGACAUUUUUCUGUUGUGGAAGAGGUCGCAUCAGCAGCGUCCCUUUACGCAACGACUACGUCAGGAGAUCCUAUUUGCGUAUUGCUCAAGAAAAAUGAAGAAAAUGUGCACAUUGGUUGCAAAACUGGUGAUCAGAAGUUGGCUGACGUUGUCGUCGAGGACUUGAAAGAUAUCUGUUCGAGAGUAUAA